AUGCCACUCGUACAAUCUCUCUAUAUCCGGCGAACUCUGCCUGCUCCCUGGCCUAUUUCCGCCACGCAUGACUGGGACAUAUGGCUCUCCCGGAUCCGCACCGCAGAAGCAGAGGCUGUACCGCAAUACAGACGAGUCUGCGGCGUCCUUGGGGGCCCCACGUUCUUCUCUCAUGAAACAGGGAGCCACUACACCACACCACCGCCCGCGCCAUGCCCGCUAGGGGCUAAUAGGGGAGCGAAACCACUCCGCCGCGGUUCUCGGGUGCUGGGCGGCGGCGAAUCCUUCACGCAGCGCCGGGCUUUUUUCCUCUUUGACCCCACGCUGAUCCCCCAUGUCCUGCUAAUCCUCGGACGAACGCGACUGUGGCGCACGCGCGCACGCGACCCCGGCGACCUGCUGCCUUCGCCGAACCUGUCCUGGAUCCUGGAGAACUCUGGUUGGCGCCCGCCGGCUUGCCUAAGCUGCGGUGCUCGCGGCCUCGCGAGUCGAGAUGCGCUCGCGUGGGCUUAUCUUGCGGAAGAGGGACACGAAGAAGCAGGGCUGGUCGAUAUCGUUCAUUCAUACAAUACUGCGGUUCGAAAAGACCGCGUUCUCGGAGCACAGCCUACGAACUCGCAGGCUUCUUCGGAUGAUGCCAUAAUGCUGCUUGCUUCCCGGACGUCACUCUGGCCUUCCUGCUUAGGCUUUGUGUAUCUGCGAGUACGGCUUAGCCCCCCGCUUGGUAUCUCCGGCAGUCUUGGGCUGCAGGAAGCUGGGGCUGGUGUGCCCCGAGGGUACGGUAGCGGUAGCGGUGAUCAGGAAGCCCAGGAGGGCAGGAGAGAAUGGACGACGUGUUUCACAUCUGGCACGCGUGCCUCGAACUCGCGCGCGGGAUGCCGCGUGACGUGGACGCAGCGCUGUUGGGCGAGCUCGAGCAGCCCAACGCUAUCAAUUGAUAUCUCAUCGCAGCUGACAUUAUGCAUUGCAGUGUAUCCUAGGAAGAUAGCUGAUGGAAAACAAAUAUCGCAGCGUCUGAAGUGGUAA